UUCUUCUUUAGCUCUCAACAAGAAGAAGAAAGCAACAGUCUUUCUAUACCAAAACCCCACUUAUUUGAGUUUCUUGAUCGUUUCUUCUCAAUCAGAAAUGGAUUUUCACAGUCUUGCAAGGAAAGAGCUUCAAGCUCUCUGCAAGAAGAACAAGAUCCCCGCUAAUAUGACCAAUGUUGCCAUGGCUGAUGCUCUCAAAGCUCUUGAGAAGGUGGACGGACUUGAUGAAGUCAUCAAUGCACCCAGGUCAGAUCCUCAACAAUCCCCAGAAAAAACUGGUAAUCCGGAGCCUCGAACUGUAUGCCGAACCUCAACUAGGAGAAAACCCAUUAAUGUUGAGCCUGAAAGUUCACAACUUCCGACUCGUACUCGACGUACAACAAAAAAAACUAGUGCUGCUGAAGAAGCUGAACAAGAAAACAACAAUGAAAAUCUACUGGAGACUCCUGCGGUGUCAACUAGCCGAAGAAGGGUAACAGCUGCUUCAGCUCGCAGAAAAAUUGAUACCCAAUUGAUGGAAAGUGUAGAGGAUGAGAAAGCAGCAGUAGGUGAAGAGAAGAGUGAUGUACCGGAGACUCCAGCAAUACGGAGCUCCCGCAGUAAGGCCCCAGUAGUUUCAACUAAGAAGAAAAUAGAAGAGAAAUCGGUGCAGAGAGUUUACGGUACAAGGCACUCAGUGAGGUUGUUGGAGAAAAGCUUGGCAGAUUUGAGCGUGAAAGAGAAAAGGACAGUUGAAGUUGUGAAGAUUGAGGGGUUGUGCGAGGAAACUGACCACGUUGAACAGCAGAAGGGCGUGCCAGGAGGUGAUUCUGAGAUCGAUGAGUCACUAGAGAAUGAGGGUGAAUUGAAGCAUGAAUUUCAAGAGGAAAACAAGACUAUUACUGACCAUGAAGUAACAGACUAUGCGAAAUUGGAAAUAGGUUCCGAGAGUUGCACUAACUUGGAUAGUCAUUCAGGAUUAGAUGCAGAGGACAAAGAUGAUGAUAGUUCAGGUGAAUCACUUCUUCGGCAAGUUGAAACCUCAGACAGGGCGCUAGAUAUGAAUGACGAGCCCAUUCAUGAAAACGGACCAGAUGUUGUGAUAACUGAAAAUUCACAUUCUGUGACUGCUGCUUUGGAGCCAGAAACUGAGAGGGAAGUGACUGACAAUCAAGAUUCUUUGGUUGCACAAGUGUCCGAUGAUAGUGUUGCUUUUAUCAUGGAAGCAGAUCAUAUUUCAAUUGUUAAUGCUACUGAUGAAGUUUCUGAUGAAGUCGUUGAUUUAGUGACCCCUAAGGUAUCUGAAGUUGAGGGCCAAGUUUCUAUGGAAGUCAGGAACUUGUCUGAAGUUGUGAGCGAAUGCUCUAAGAUGAACUCAAAGGAAGAUGAGGUGCAUGGUAGCUAUGAUAUGGUAACUGAAAAUUCAGAGACUGUCAUUGCUGCUUUGGAGCCAGAAAUUGAGAAGGAAAUGAUUGAAAAUCGAGAUUCGUUGGUUGUACAAGCGUCUGAUGACAGUGCUAUGGAAACAGAACAUAUCUCAAUUGUUAAUGCAGCUACUGAAGUAUCUGUUGAAGUCGUUGAUUUACUGAACCCUAAGGUAUCUGAAGUUGAGGGCCAAGUUUGUGUUGAAGUGAUGGACUUAUCUGCAGUUGUGGGUGAAAGCUCUGAAAUGAACUCGAUGGAAGACAAGCAGCAUUUAGAUGCUGCCAGUGAGGAAGAUUCUGAUGGAGAUGACAUCGAGGAAGAGUCUGAUGGCUAUGAGACCGAUAGCAUAUGUGAUUCGAAUGUAACUGAAGCUAAAGAAUCAGCCAUGAUAGCCCAAGAGUUCAGCUCAUCAUCAGAUUCAGACAAUACUCCAAGAUCUGUAAAGCAGAAGAGCCCAUUCUGUUCUCUGAUCGCAGACAGUGAAGUUCCAGCAGAAGAAUGUGCCCAUGAUUCUAUUCAAACAUUGGACAAGAGUCCUUAUAAACCCCUAGUUUCUGGAGACACAAGCACAGGUAGCAUUGUCUCCUCGCCAUUUGCAAUCAACACAAUUCAGGUCCAGUUUCCUCGUCCAACGGCUUUAACUCCAAAGAAAUCAUCAACUAAGAAACAGGCAACAAUUCAGAAGAUCAUCCUUGCAGACAUUAACAAGGAAAACAUUGACAAUAGUGGAAGGAAAGUGGAGCCUAAGAAAAAUAAGACGAAGAAGCAGAACAACUAUGAGGGUUUUAGCCUAAAUAAGCUAAGGAAAGAAUUCAAAGAACUACGUAUUGCCAAAAAUAACAACGGAGGAAGAAAUGUCUCAGAGGUAGAAACUAGAUCAGCAUUACAGAUAUUGCCAGAGAAUUAAUUUGUAUGGCCGCUGCAGAAUCUCAGAGCAGAAGAACUAAAAAUAUGCCAUUACAUGAAAUUGCAGAGACCAUAUAUAUAAGCUUUCUACUGGGGGAUUCAAACCUUGGUUUGCCUCCUUUUCUGGUUUUCUGAUAUUCAAUUGCUUCAAUAUGAAAUUAUAUGUCAAAAUUUCAUUUUCCAUUUUUGGUCUUUAUAUAGGCUCACCCAGCAUUUCGCUGAUUGGUGAUUUUGAAUAAAAGAUACAGACAUCAAUAUUGCUUAUAAAAAAUUACUUCUUUUCAA